AUGCGAUGCGUGACGACGGCCAACGCCGCCAAAUGCGAUCGCUGCGCUCGCAAGAGUCUAGACUGCACGUUUCGCAAGCAUCGUCGCGGUCGUAAGCCGGGAAUGCGGUUGGUGCCAAAGACGGCACACACAGAGGACCCAUCUACAAGGCAGACACAUAGAGAUAUUGCGCCCGCGAGACAGUCUCCGCCCGAGAGGGAGCGCACGGCGGACUUCUGGGCCGACUCGGACAGACUCCAGCCCGAUGCCCUGCUGAGCCAUCAAGCCAUGAAGGGCAAGUUCAGCCUGCAGAAUAUCCUAAGCACCGAUCAUGGAUCGACCGUGGACAGGUCGACGACGUCGCCGCCAGUGUCCCCGGACGAUCCUCUGGCCUUGGGCUUGGUCAAUCAUCAUGUUGCCUUGUUUCUGUUUGAAUACUUCAUGGGCAAGAUGAACCCCUACAUCUGCCAACUAGACCCUCUACUGCACUCAUUCCAAUACAUCCGACGCAGAUCCCCGUUUCUUCUCACCACAGUCCUGGCCGCAUCAUCCAAAGCCUUCCAGUCCGAAUUAUAUCCCAGUCUGCACGAGCACGCAGAAAAGCUUUUCAGCGACUGCUUCCGCCGCGGCGAGAAAUCAACCGAAAUCGUCCAGGCAAUCCUGAUCCUCACCUACUGGAAGGAGCCCAAUGAUACCAGAGCCUGGACCUCCGUCGGCCUUGCGAUCCGCAUCGCCAUGGACCUUGGCUGGCACAAACUCUCCACCGAUCCCGCGAGCCGCAGUGGGCUCAACGAGCUCGAACGGAGGGAGCUGAGAAAUGACGAGCGCACGUUGCUGGUCCUGUUCGUGUACGACCGCAGUCUAAGUCUCCAAACCGGAAAGCCGUGGAUGAUCGAGCGGACAGAGUUCAUCGAGUCGGUCGAGACAUGGGGGAAAGAUCCGCUGGCCAGCGCCAACGACAACCUGCUGUGCACCUUUGUGGCGCUCCGGCUGCUGACCGCGGAGACGUUUGAUCUUCUGCCCUCGCAGAAAAAGCAUUCCACAGCUCAUCAGGGCCGGUUUUUUUCAGUCCUCAAAGUGCGCAUCGAGGCUUUGGAGGCAAAGUGGCUCGGUGUGGUGGGUGCAGGCACCUGCCACGCCUUUCUCAUCCGCCUAUACUGCGCCCACCUACAUCUACAACUCUUCUCCAUCCCCCUCCAGGAAACGGGCAUUCCACGGGCCGACGGCGUCCGCGAUAUGACGCCCUUCUGGGUCAGCUACGAGAACGCGGCGACAAUGCUGGCGCUCGUCACGGAAUACGCUCCGUUCCUGUAUCUAGUCCAGGACUCUAUCCAUGUGAUGACUGCUUACGCGGCGGUAUUUCUCGUCAAGGUGCCUUCUUCCCUACCCCGACUCCUGUCAAUCCGCCAAAUCUCAUCCAUAGGUUAG